UUUAAUUUCUAAACUACAGUCAUAUAGUCACUUGGAUUAGUCUUGAUCGGUUCGUCUUAAAGUUUGCGUUUACUCGUAUAGACUUGACACAAUGAGGAAAUCAUACAUUUGUAUUGCGGGUGUUCUAAUUUUAAGUUUCAUAUCAGUGGCCAGUGCACAAAAUGUUGUUAACAAUGAACGAUGCGCAAACCCGCAUGGUGAGAAUGGUUUGUGCAUACACGUGGAACAAUGCACAGAACUUUAUACCAUGCUCCAACAAAAACCAAUACCAAAACCUGAUAGAAAUUUCCUUCAACGUAGCCACUGUAAAACUGAAAAUGGAAAGGUUUAUGUCUGUUGUUCAGAUCGACAAAUUCGACCUCCAUCACCAGGUCCAGAUAUCAGAACAAGAAUAGGAACAGAUACAAAUCUUCCCGAACCCGGCCAGUGUGGCAAUGUUAGAUCCAGUCGAAUCUAUGGUGGUAACAUUACAAAAUUUGACGAAUUCCCAUGGAUGGCAUUGAUUGAGUAUAAUAAAGGUGGUUAUUCAUACGGACAUCAUUGUGGUGGAAGUUUGAUCAACAACCGAUAUGUUUUGACAGCAGCGCAUUGCAUAACCAACCUAGGCGAUUGGAAUUUGCAUCGAGUUCGCUUAGGUGAAUGGGACACUUCAACAAAUCCUGACUGUGAAGUAGACACUCGUGGCUUUGAAGACUGUGCUGAUCCUCAUGUUGAUGUUACAAUCGAGCAAGUAAUUCCUCACGAAAAAUUCUUGAAAUCGAACCGAUUCCACGAUAUUGGCCUGAUACGUUUAUCACGUAACGUAGACUAUACCGAUUUCAUUCGACCAAUUUGUUUGCCUCUUAAAGAUAUCCUCAAACAAUCAACAUUUGAUGGAAUCAAAAUGGAUGUUUCCGGUUGGGGGAAAACCAAACACCGAACAUCGAGUAAUGUUAAACUUAAGGCUGAAGUUCAAGUUGUGCCAUUGAAUGAAUGCAAACGUGUUUAUAGCGAAAGCAAUGUCGAACUAGGAACCUCACAAAUGUGUGCAGGUGGCCAACAAGGAAUUGACACCUGCAGUGGUGAUUCAGGUGGACCUCUUAUUGGAUUGGAUUCGUCUAAUAAACAGCGAGUUUACUAUUUCAUCGCUGGAGUAGUAUCAAUUGGGCGUACUCCGUGUGGAGAAAAAGGUUGGCCAGGGGUUUAUACAAGAGUCAGUGAAUAUGUUGAUUGGAUUCAGCAAAAUAUUGAACCUUAAAUUUUGUCUGAAUUUACCAAACCACGAAAUGUAUUUUUUUUGUGCUGCAGUGUUUCUAGUAUGCUAGAUUUAUUUUCGGAGCAGAUAACAUGUUAAUUUAAAUGUAUAUAUUUUGAUGGUUUUGUCGAUUUAAAUUUGAAAUAUAACAGAAUUCAAUAAA